AUGCCCACGCCUACUAAACGCGCGCAACGCGUUCGCCGUGAUUUGCGCAGCGAUGCGAUCGCCGAGUCAUCUUCGCCGUCCCGCCCCUCAAAACGGCGCAGAAAGCAUUUGCUAGCUCCCGCGGCGCAAGUGCAAGCCAGCAAGGACCACGCCAAUAGCAUCCACGAGGCGAACAAGGAGGGAGUGAAGGCCUAUGCCAAGAUCGCCGCUUUGGAUUGGACCUACUACAUCACGAGGCUGACUGUCAACAUUGGCCGCUCGUCCGACCCCGCCCAGGCCCGAGCGGAUCAGAACCAGAAGGACCCCGAUCAAAAUCAGGAGGACCCCGACGCGAUACACAUUGAUUUGGGCCCCAGCAAGCUUGUCUCGCGGCUCCACGCCGUAGUUUACUUCAACCGCGACCAGGAGAAAUGGUGGCUACUCGUGAAGGGGCGCAACUCGCUCAAGGUGGAUGGCUCGCUGUGGAAGGCUGGCCAGGCUGGACCCCUACGGAGUGGUGAGGUCAUCGAAGUUGGUGGCGUGGAAAUGAUGUUUGUCCUCCCCAUCGACCUAGGCCCACUUCAGAUCGCCCAGCAGUUCCUAGAGCGGGCCGGCAUUGUCAAGCCGGAGCCUUCUGCGACCCCCGCGCGGCCGACACGCCAUCCCCUGCCGUCGGGCGACGGCAUCCACACGAGCUCCCCGACCAAGUCGUCCCGCGGCCAAAGCUCCCAGAAGCCCCUUGCCCCGGCCCCGCCGGACUACAAACGGCCGGGUACCCCCCCUUCGGCUCGCGCCCGCGCCAUGACGACGGCCAAGACGCCGCUUAUCGAACACGGUGCCGGGCCGCUGAUGAUGAGCAACAGCGAUGUUGAUUUGAGUCUGGAGGAAAAUCGACACAUCAAGCCCCAGUUUAGUUAUGCACAAAUGAUUACACAAGCGAUUAUGAACACGCCGGAGCAGAAGCUUAACCUGGCCGGCAUCUACCACUAUAUUCAAACACGAUAUGCGUACUACAGAAAUCAGCCCGCUACCGGCUGGCAGAAUUCGAUUCGGCACAAUCUGUCCCUGAAUAAAGCAUUCGAGAAGAUUGCGCGUUCGACGGAUGAGCCCGGCAAAGGCAUGAAGUGGCAGCUCGUUGCCGAGUCCCGAGAGGAGAUGCUGCGCACAGCAUGGCGAGGAGGCCGCGGCGGCCAUCGUGGUUCCUCGAAUCCGUCGUCGCCAAGCCAGCUAAGCUACAUCACUUCGGGGCCGAGGGACAUGGCAGCGAGAGACCCCGUUUCGGCGCGCAAGCGAAAGGUGUCGCCGUCGGGGUCACCCCAACCCCGCUCGUCACUCCGGGAGCUACGGGACUCGCACAUGACCCCUGUGCGUCCGAUACGGAAACCGCUGCCCGACGAAGCCGGCGCCGGUGGGGAUGACAGCCCCCUCCCGCGUGCACGGAAGGCCAACACGUCGAGCACGCUGGGGCUGGUCGAGAACGCUCCGGGAUCACCGACACUGACGUCGUCGUACCUGCAAGACGACGGUGCGUCGUUUGUCACGCCGGCUCCGCUCCGAGUGCACCCCAAGCUCGCCCCGCCGAGCACCGCCCAACGGCCCAGCCAGCACAUGCCGACUAGUUCACCGGCACCAUUCUGGAAGUACGCCGACAUUGGGAGCACCCCGCUCAAGCCCGUGCACGCGCCGUUCGACCUGAGCCCCUCCAAGGCGCCUAGCGGCCUGCCGGCCCCGAGCAGCAGCCCGCCGCGGAGCAAGUCCCCGGCGCCGCCGAGCCCCACGCGGCGGAGCAGCCGCACGCCAGUGGACGAGCCGCCGAGCCCUGCGGGCGAGGAGGACGACGGCGGGUUUGAUCUGACUAAGUGA